AACUUUUGUAGGGAUAAGAUGUCCAUGAAGCCCACCAUACGCACAGCUGAGGAGCGAUGCGAACCCAUCCUUUCCCCUCGAUCCCUUCUCCCCCAAACCUCUCCGUCCCUUCCCAUCGCCCUCACCUCCUCCCCUUCCCCACCACCCAAACCCUCCUCCUCUCCGCUAAAAACCCUAGCUUGCGCCGGACCCGCGUCCCCCGCGACGCCCAUGCCGAAGAAGCCGACCUCGAGCUUCUCGAGAAGCCGUCCCCGGUGGCUCUCUCCGAGGAGCACUCCUCCUCGGCUCCUUCGAACCCGCAGGAGCUCGAGGAGGUGCUGGCGCCCUUCCUCAAGCUCUUCCAGACGAAGGAUUCGGCUCCCAUGGAGGAGACGAUGCCCGCGGAGGAGCCGAGGGAGGAGGGGACGCGCAGAGUAGAGGUCGAAUACUACGAUCCGAAGCCCGGGGAUUUGGUGGUGGGCGUGGUGGUGUCGGGGAACGAGAACAAGCUCGACGUGAGCAUCGGCGCGGAUAUGCUGGGCACGAUGCUCACCAAGGAGGUGCUCCCGCUGUACAAGGAGGAGAUGCCUUAUUUGCUUUGCGAUGUCGGGGAGGAUAAGGAGGAGUUUAGGGUUCCGGGGAAGAUGGGGAUUGUGAGGGAUGCGGAGGCGUUGAGCAGGAAGAAGCUGCCGGGGAGGCCGGUCGUCGAGGUGGGGACAGUUUUGUUCUCUGAGGUUCUCGGUCGAACACUUAGCGGACGACCGCUGUUAUCGGCAAGAAGGAUGUUUCGGAGGAUCGCGUGGCACCGAGUGAGGCAGAUUAUGCAACUUAAUGAGCCCAUUGAAGUUAAAAUUUUUGAGUGGAACACCGGCGGCCUUCUCACGAGAAUUGAGGGGCUGAGAGCAUUCCUCCCUAAAGCUGAGUUGAUGAAUAGAGUAAAUAAUUUCACAGAUUUGAAAAGUAAUGUUGGGCGCAGGAUGCAUGUUCUCAUUACCAGGAUCGAUGAAGCAACCAAUGACCUGAUAGUUAGUGAGAAAGAAGCCUGGGACAUGAUGUAUCUUAAAGAAGGAACUCUUUUACAAGGGACUGUUCGCAAAAUUUUCCCAUAUGGCGCACAAGUUAGGAUAGGGGAGACUAACAGAAGCGGAUUACUACAUAUCUCAAACAUUACUCAUUCCCGUGUUAACUCUGUAAGUGACGUACUAAAGGUGGGCGAGGAGGUGAAGGUUCUCGUAAUCAAGUCAAUGUUCCCUGACAAAAUUGCUCUGAGCAUUGCGGAUCUCGAAAGUGAGCCCGGAUUAUUUCUUUCGAAUAGAGAGAAGGUGUUUUCCGAGGCUGAAGAGGUGGCAAGGAAGUACAGGCAAAGGCUUCCGGCCAUUUCUCCAGCCCACCAAAUCGACUCCCCGAAAGAGACUCUUCCUUUUGAUAACGAGGCGAUGUUAUACGCAAAUUGGGAAUGGUUCAAGUUCGAGCAGGUCAAGGAAAUCGACAAUAAUACUGAGGAAUCAUUGUAGUUUUGGGAGAUUAAUUGAACCUUUAAGCUAUUUUAGCGAUAAUAUGUGGAUUACUAUUUAUUCUUUAUCACUUUUCCCAUGAGUUAUCGACGGAGAUUAUGUGUCAGCUCAAAAUAUAUACAGAUUUAAUCUAUGGCUUGAGAAUGGCUAACCAUAACUAGAUUUUGCCCUUUGCUCUUUCA